UUGUCCAGAUCCACAAGGGAAAGACCGUCACCCUAGAGGUCAGGAUUUCAGACACAGUUGACAGCGUGAAAGCCAAGAUUCGUGACAUGGAGGGAAUCCCUCCAAACGAACAACACCUCAUCUAUGCUGGUUAUAGGAUGGAGGAAGGACACACCUUGGGUGAAUACAGCAUCCGAAAGGAGUCUACUAUUCUUCUCGAGUUUGAUCUCCAGAUUUUUGUGAAGACCCUUGCUGACAAACCAAUCCCUCUCAAGGUUAGGUCAUUAAAUACCAUCUGCGCUGUCAACUGGGAGCUUCAGGAUCAGUACCGCGGGCUUCAGCAUAAGCACCGUGGGCUUGAGGAUCGGCCCGGCAGACUCAUCUUCAACGGAGAGGAGCUACUAUACAGCUUUACAUUGGCUGACUAUGGCAUCCAGAAUGGAUCCACUCUCGAACAUGAUCUCGGUGUUGAAGAAAAGAUGGAAAUAUCUGUCAUCGAGACACUAACGGGCAUGAUAUUUCCUCUCGAAGUUACAGCUAUAGAUACCAUCGACAAUGUUAAGGCAAACAUUCAAGAUAAUCAUGGGUUUCCCAUGGGCCAACAACGCAUCAUCUUUGCCAACCGGCAGCUUGAGGACGGCCUCGCCCUGGCGGACCACAACAUCCAGAAUAAAUCAACCCUUCUCCUUGUCCUAUGCAACCCAUGUCCGAGAGGUAAGAUGCACAUCUAUGUGAAGACAUUAAUAAACAAGGUUUACACUCUUGAGGUUGAGAGCUCAGAUACCGUCUACGAUGUGAUGGCGAUGAUCCAGCGUAAGAGUGACAUCCCCACUAACGUUCAACGCCUAAUCUUUGGUGGCAAGCAACUUGAAGUCAAUCAGACCCUGACACACUACAACAUAGAGAUGUAUUCCGUCCUCUAUCUGGUGCUGAGGAUUGGUUGAAAUGUAUG